AUGCGGGUCGCAGCCCUCAUACCGCACGCUACCGCUGCCGAACUGCUGCCGGAGAACAUGGGGGGUUCAGAGGCGGUGGAGGGGCAUGAGGAGGCGGGAGGCGGCGGCGGGAGCGACCAGCCCGUGCUUGAGAUGGGGCAGAUCAUACAAGUGAAGAGCAAGACCCUCGGACGGUUCAAGGAGGUGAGGGACAUCCUGAUGGGUGAGCACAGGAGCGAGUGGAACCAGGUUGUGGUGCAAGGGAUGGUGACCGGGAAGGUGAAGAACGACAAGUACAUCGUGGACUGGAACAUCUCGGGUCAGAAGGUCAGGCUCUGUGUCAAAGGACACGUGCUAGCUAGGAAACGACUCUACGACGCGUCCUCCGCCUCGCUGAAUCGAAGUGCAGGGCAGAACGCGCAGGCUGGUAGCGACGAUGGGAGCACUGGGAUGGUGGGGGCGGACCCUGAAGAUGACGCUUCUGUAGGCGACGAGCACGAUACCAUACCGGCAGAAACUGUGAGUGCCCUGCAGUGCGACUCUGCGGAUGAAGCGCUACAAUGGGAUGCUUGCGAAAACGGGGUCCAAACCGACCAACGCAGGGCCCUGGGGUUUGAGUUUGCCACCACCACCUUCAACUGGCCGGAGUCCAUGCGGUCUGCUGAUCCGAAGACUGAGUUUGACUGCUGGAAACUGAUGUUUCCCUGGCAAUUCUUCUUCGGCAAGAGUAGGAAGAAUGGGUCCUGUCUCCAAUGGACGAAUGACAGCUUACCAGCUACUGUGGACCCUUUCACCGAGUGUGAAUUCCUGCAGUAUCUUGGUGUUGUCUACACUAAAGCUCUCUUUCCUAAAGGGAAUUUCUUGCACUUGUGGGGGUCCGGCAAUGGAGAACUGAUUCGAGCCCCUGAUCUGGGUACAAGGUACAAGGUGUCGCAGGAUCGCUUUGAGCUCUGGGUGAAGCAUGUCAAAUUAUGCUCCCCAGAGUACGAGAACGGUCACGAGAGUACAGAAUGCAUGUAUCCGUUGAUAGAUGCAUUCAAUCGUAACAGAGUACAGAGCAUUCGUGCUGGAACUGAGCUGUUUGUGUUUGAAGACGUCGAUCUGCGCAGCAUCUCCAAUGAGUAUACAAGUAGAAGUCGCUCUACUUUGAAUGGGGCAGCAAGUAUCUGUAAGAGAGCUGGUAUCGAAUACACGAAGCUUGCAGAGUGUACCUUUGGGAUUACACUUGCGUUGGAACCCAGGCGGGAGCUGGGCAUGGAGUUGGAUGUCAGCAGCAGCGCUGCUACACUCAUCAGCGUUGCAAAAAAAUAUCUUGACAAAGGACAUGUCAUACACGGGAGCUCGGGGUUCUCAUCAGUCGUGAUUGCAAAGGCGCUGCUCUCGCGACAAACGUUUUUCACGGGGUUGCUCAGAAAGUCUCCGCCAGGCUUCCCGAAGAAGUUUUUGAAGGCUGACGCUGAGGCCUCUGGCGAACAGCAAGGAGCUACCAGAACCGCAACGGCCCAAGUUGAGCUGCAAGGCAAGAUGCGACUUAUCUAUGGCCAUGGCUGGAUCGAGAGCGGACUGUCAGGCAAGGAGAAGAGACUUCUGGUUUCUACAUGGAACACAACAGACAAGUCAGAAGUUCGCAGCGAGGACUCUGUCAGUGCAAGGAAAUCAGGAGCUGACUCGUGGCAAGCACCCGCAUCGAAAGUCAUGUCGUCAUACUUCACGGCAGCGACCAAGAUCUACCUUAGCAAGCACAAUGAUCAGGAUGAGCUGGAGCAGGAGAGCUCGAUUGGGAAGCAGAAUUGUCAGCUGGCCAUGUUGUGCGACGUUCUCAGAACAAUGGAACUGGACGCUUUCAAGGUUUACUGUGCCUCCAACCCUUCCGGUGGUCCCGUUCGACACAUUGUGUACACUGAAGCGCUCUGUACGCAACUCUUGACCAGCGGGACUGAUAGCAGUCACAGUCAAGGCAAGGCGAACUCAACUUGUGACGGGGGAGUCUCACAGAUCAUGGAUAUCGAUGAUUCAGGUGAUUCGUCCAAGGGCAUACACACUUUGGGGUUGGUGAAUGACCAUGUCAUCAAGUGGAACUUGAGAACUUCUCAAUCCUUCGAUGAGAAGCGGGCCAUCAGAGUCAGAUGUAGAGUAUCGAGAAGGAUCGCAACAAACGGCCUUAUGGAUUGUGUGGGCCGACCACACGCAGGAAAUGUUAUUCAGAACAUGUGA